UGUACCGUCACCAUCCCAAAAGGCGAUGAAGACCUCCACAGCAUCAUAUCGCGCUGGUCCGAUCUCGGCGUCAAGCUCCCCUUUGCCGUCGUAGUCCCUUCCACCGAAGAGGACAUCAUCGCCGUCAUCAACUUCGCCUCCCAAAACUCCCUCCACGUGGUUCCCGGCGGUGGCGGCCAUGGCGUCUUCGUCCCCAUCGGCGAAAAGACGAUCUACCUCGACAUGAAGAACUUCAACUCCGUGGCUGUCAACAAGGAGGAAAGCUCUGUUACGAUAGGUGGUGGCGCUGUAACAGGCGAGAUCAUCAAGGCGUGCGUGGCUGAGGGGUGCUAUACGCUUACGGGCAACUCGGACGCCCUUGGGGUCGCUGGCUACUUCCUCGGCGGCGGGAACAGCUUCAUAACCGGCCUCCACGGUCUCGCCGUCGACCACGUCCUCUCCAUCCGCGUCGCAAGCGCGUCCGGCUCAGUUAUUACCCUUACGCCGUCUUCCACCGGCGCUGAAGCUUCUCUCUUCUCCACCCUCCGGGGUGCCGGCCACGGCCUCACAGCCAUCCUCUCCCUAACCCUCCGCACCUUCCCCAUCGCCGCCCUCUCCCUCCCCGACUCCAAAAUCUGGAACCGCAAACUCAUCCUCCCCGGCACCGCCAUCGCCCAAGCCGCCACCCUCUUCACCUCCCUCCUCCCACCCCCGGGCCCCCUCCUCCCAGUGCUGAUCUUCGGCCGCGCACCCCCGGGCACCCCCGCCGCCGGCGCGCCCAUGCUCAUCAUCUCCGCCAACUACUACGGCCCCUCUGCCUCCGCCGAAGCCGCCGCAGCUCCUCUCCUGACUCCAGAAGCCUCCGCCACCGCCAUCCUCGCAACCACAACCCUCGUCGACUUCACCGCCAUGAACGCGUCCUCGGCCGCCAUGAGCGCCCACGGCGGCUUCAAAGAAACCUACAACGCCAUGCUCGCCACCAUCAGCCCUGCCUCCAUCACAUCCGCCUUCGCGCAAUUCGUCGCCUUCGGCGCCGCGAACCCCUCCGCGGCCGCGCGCACCUACGCCGUCUUCGGCGCGUGGAGCACCGGCGCGCAGCUCGCGAACGCUGCGAUUCCUAAUAACAAAACGUACUUCGCGCACCGCGAUCGCGGCGUGUUUUUCCAGUUUACGCCGUGGUAUACGGAUCCUGCGACGCGGGGCGCGGCGGAUGCGGCGGCGCGGGGGGUGGUGCGGACGGUGCGGGAGAGCGAUGAUGCGAGCGGUUUGGAGAGGGUGAUUUUUGCGAAUAAUAUGAUUUUUGGGCAGGAGAUGGGGGAGGUGUAUACGCGCGAGGGGCUGGAGGAGGUGACGGCGGUGAAGCGGGAGUGGGAUCCUAAGGGGGUGUUCUGGAGCCCC